GCUACGAGUGAGCGAGCUCCCUGUGGUAAGAUGGCCGCCAGGUUAGAUACUCCGUCGUAAGACAUCUAUCCUUUAUUAUACAUCUCUAUUAGUAACACUUAAAAAACAGUGUUACCUUGACUAAACAAUUAUUUUUGACCCUUUCGUUGUAGUUGUCUGGCAUUUUAACAGUUUGUCACGUCUGAAGCUGUAAGGCGCCUUCAUAAUUCGGAAAACAACCCACAUAAAUAUGAUCCACAAACCGGAAUAAGUUCGCCUCGUAACCAAGCAGUCAUGACUUAUCUGCUAGAGGAAUUGAAAACAACUUUUGCAGAUGCAGACCCUGAGUGUAUACAAGCGUGUUGCAAGACAUACUUUGAGACACUUCGGAGAAAGUACAAUUUGUCUCAGCCAGAAAAGUCCCAGCUAAGAGAUGCCAUUAAAACAGGAGCUAAAAACCGACAAAGGAAAAGACGGUUGCUGGAUUCCAGGUCCAAGGUGGUUCAAACCGAUGCAGAGAGAGAGCUUUGGCAGACUGCAACAGUGGAGCUGAUGUCUGACGAGGAGGAUGCUAUUGUUGAUGGAAGGCCAGUGUGGAUUGUGAGGUCUCCUUCUCACAGGAACCCACAUUUGUCAGAACUUUGUGAGGAGCUUCAGCGCAGAUUGGAGUCAGACAUGCGCUACCCUCUUUUGCAUCAUCAGCGUGUUAAGGCUGAUGGAAAUGGACUUGAUGGACCUUCCUUUAUUCAACUUUAACUGAACUGCACUGUUUUGCAAUUUUAAUAAUUGCUCCACCAACUGCACACUUUCACUUUCUCUUCUGUUUUAUCUUAUUCUUUGUAUUCUUAUUACGUUAGAUUUAUUUUGUUUGACAUUAUGCUACUUAUUUUUUUAUAUUGUUUGCUGUGUUUGGUUACAUUUUAAAUACUUUGUGCUGUGUGUACAUAUUUAGUUUUUUUAGUUUAAUAUUCUGUAACUGUUAUAAUUAUGCUACUUAUUUUUUUAUAUUGUUUGGUGCAUUUUAAAUACUUUGUGCUGUGUGUACA